CUUCCGCCACCGCUGAGCCGGAAGUUGACGCUCGGAUGGCCCGCGGAGGCGUUUUCUUUGAGCGAGCCGAUGCUUUCGCGCCAGAGGGAGGAGAGAUUCCUCCUCCUCCUCCUCCUUCUUCUUCGGCCGGGAACCGCCGAAAUGAUCAAUUUUUGUCAUGAAUAGAGAUCUAAUAAGGUGGCUGGUCCAGUAUCUGCCAUGGCAUCAGAACUUUGUAAAACGAUAUCAGAAGCAAAGCUAGAAAGGCACAAGAAUUUAUUUUUGAACUAUCGAAAUCUUCAUCAUUUUCCUUUAGAAUUGCUGAAGGAUGAAGGUCUGCAGUAUUUGGAGAGAUUAUAUAUGAAAAGAAAUUCCUUAACUACCUUGCCAGAAAACCUUGCCCAGAAACUUCCAAAUCUUGUGGAACUAUAUCUGCAUUCAAAUAAUAUUGUUAUUGUACCUGAAGCAAUUGGUUCUUUGGUUAAACUGCAGUUUCUGGACUUGAGUGACAAUGCCCUUGAAAUUGUAUGCCCAGAGAUUGGGCGUUUGCGAUCUCUACGCCACCUUCGAUUAGCUAAUAAUCAGCUAAAAUAUUUGCCAGCAGAGCUUGGAGACCUUAAAGAACUGCAGACGCUGGACAUCUCAGCUAAUCAUUUGAUAACCUUGCCUGAAAAACUGCACAUGUGCCUCUCUCUUCAGUACCUCACUGCUGACCAAAAUCAUCUCUGGUCCGUCCCUCGCCAUCUUUGCCAGCUUCCCAGCCUCAAUGAGUUGUCCAUGGCAGGGAACCAGCUUGCAUUCUUGCCUCUUGAUUUAGGUCGAUCUCGGGAACUGCAGUAUGUUUAUGUGGAUAACAACGCUCACCUUAAAGGUCUCCCGUCUUACCUUUAUAACAAAGUCAUUGGUUGUAAUGGCUGUGGCUCUCCUGUUCAAAAAUCAGAGGUGCAGCUUCUUUCCUUUUCAUCGGGACAGUUGACGGUGUUCCUCCCAGCAGAGGUGAAGUUAAUAGGGACAGAAUUGGACCGUGUGCUCCCCUUGCAGGAGACGGCCAUGAGGACACUGUAUAACAUAUACUGCCAAUCUCUAAAAGAUUUGAAGUUUGUGACUCCGAUCUCGUUACCCAGAAGCCUCCUGGAUUUGCUGCACUGCCCUCUGGGACACUGCCACCGCUGCAGUCAGCCCAUGUUCACGAUUGUCUACCCAAAGCUCUUUCCCUUGAGAGAGACACCGAUGGCUGGAUUACAUCAGGGGAGAACAAGAGUCAGUUUUGUGGCAUAUUGCUGCUCCACCCAGUGUCUGCAGACCUUUGACCUAUUGAGCUGAUAAAUACUUAAAGCUAUUCAGGAGUGGUGCCAGCUUCAAAGCAGCCUUAUUAGACUGUGGCUCCUGAUCAGACUGGAAUAUGUGCCAAAGCAGCGGGAGGCAUGUCCGGCUGGGAACGCGAAGAACCACUUCAGGCCCUCCUCGCUCCUAUCAAAUCUGGACAAAAGGCAGAAACUCUCCUGUAAAGCAUUCCCGACUGUCCAGCUUUAGAAAAUAUUUUUUAACACCUUCCUGUUCCUCCCCAGGCAGAAGACCAAGCAAGCAAACACGGGAGCUGAGACCCUGCCGGACCCUUUGAAAACUUGUACAUGUGACUCAAGUUGCAGUUUAAUACUUCACUCGGGCUGCGUGGGCAAUAUCAGUUAGUGUGUUGUUGUUGUUUUUUUAAUGAUACCUUUGCAGUCCUUGUAACUUUUUUCAAUUAUUUCCCUGCUUGGUUUCCUGUUACUGCUCUCUUGAGAAGCAAGUGUUUCAGGUAACCAUUUAUUCAUGCUAGCGAGGUUUUUUUUCCCUACUUUCCAUUAAGGGCCUAAUGCAUUUUCUUUCUCCUCCCCCCAAACCUCCAUCUGAUGUUUUGAUAGUGACUUAAAGAUGUACUUGCAGAAAAACGUUUGUUUUGAACCUAAUUUGAUGCAGUUGGGUAGGUAAGGAUAAUGUUUUCAGUUAUUUUUCAUAGGUGGUUGAAGUCCCGAAGAAAGCGGAAUUGGCAGCUGCAGAAAGUAGAUUCCCCCUUCGUCGGUGACUCUUUAUAAAACAGUUUUUCACCUUUGAUAUUGCAGAACUUAAUGAGGUUUUUUAAAUGCCAGUAGGCUUAGAAUAAGUUACAAGUUGUCUUUGGCUUCAUUUCCAUAUUUAAAAUAUAAACAGUUUUGUGAAUACAAUAUUAUUAAUAUUUUAUUGUAAGCUCAGGGUCUCCGUGCAUGUUGAACUCCCAUCACCUUCCGGUCAAGACUCAUUGCCUUUGGCGGCUUUGCAUGAUGGGAGUCGUAGUCCAACAUAGCAGGAGAGCACUGCAUUGUAGAAGUUUUGUACCGUGUGCUCUUUAGAGCCCCUGUGUCAAUAACUUCUAUUUUUCCCAUCUAAAAUCAGAGAAGCCGCAAAAAGGGUUGAAACAAACUCAUUUUUCCUACAUUAUUAUGGUGGUGUUUUAAGUUAUGCUCAAUAACUUACAAACAUUAUUUCUGCUUUGGGAAUCUCUUCUUAGAAUCUUUGUACUUAAGUAGCUCAGAAAUCGGCCAUUUAACAUUUGGGGGGAGGGGGAAAAGCAGGGGAAGCUCAACUCCUAAAUGAUUUACAAAUAUUUUUUCGAAACAUUUGUUGUUCGCAUCCUUAUCAGCGACAGUCGCUCGCAAAUUUGACCUGUUGAAUUCUUCGUUUUGUUAAUAGCUCGUAUUUUGAAAAGUUCAUUUUUUCUUAAUCUGGCAUGGUGUAGAAGGGUAGCAACAGUAUCAGCUGCAUGACAAGGGUUAAUGAGAGAACAUACGUGUUUUUGAUGCCAGAAAGAAAUACCCAAUUACUUUUAUGCUCUCACCUUUUCAAGCUGUCUUAAAGAACUCCAGUUCCAUGAAAUUCAAGUUAAAAAGCACGUAUUAGGAACAAUUGGUUGGUAGAAUUCUGAACAGUACAGCCACAAAGUCUUUUGAGACAGAGCAUACAUGCCCCGUAAAGCAAUAUCUAAACAUAACAGCUAAAGGGAAACAACGAAUCCUUUCACCUGAAUUGUGUUAAAGUACAGCAAAAAUACAAGUAUCUGCCUGCAGUUUGAAAGGGGUACCAUUCAAACUUCAACCAUCUCGGUCGGUUACGAGUCAAGUUCCUGUUCUAGCUACUCCCAAGGAGUAUCUUAAGAAUUCAAUAGGUCUCUUCAGAGGUCAUCGAUAUUUCUGAAGACGAGAGAAGGCUAAUAGUGUGAAACAUGGCUGACUCACCCUUUUGGUAACGUUCUGCUCUCCUAGAAGUUCUGGGCAAGUUCUGGGCAUAUCAAAGGAAUUAGGCAAACUUGCUCAAUCCAGGUGCCCUCCAAAGUGAAGGAACUGGAAGAGCAAAAUUUCUCACAUCUGGAAAGGUUCCCAGGUUGGGGGUGGGGGUGUUUCUGAAAUACGAAACAACAGCGUGUAUAAUCAUCCCUCAUUUUCAUUCUUUCGUUUGUUUGGUUUUUUUAGCAGAGUCGGUGCCUUCGACACCCCUUGCAUUGGUUUUUUUCCUAAUCCACCGUUCUUGCUCCUCUUUUGGGGAGGAAAUAUGAGGGUUCUGACUGCUGUUCUACCACUCCAGCCUGGGUCAUCAUAUCACCAAAUGCAUCAUUAUGGUGGGCGAAGGCAGAUUAGCAAUGGCGGGCAAGCGGGCAAGACGAGGAGUGACUGGGCAUGGUGUGGUAAGGCCAGCCAGAAUUUUUACUACCGGUUCGCUUGAACCGUGGCGAACCGGCUGAAUCCCACCACUGAUCAUUACCCUAAGUAGCUAUAAGGUUUCAUUCCCCCUUUCCCUAUUCUGUCCAGUUCUGCAUUCCUAAUUUUAAAGAAAAAGUAGCCCAACUUUUUUGUUCGGCUGCCAUCACAAGCUCUCUGUAAUUGCAACCUUCCCAGAAUAAAACCAAAACCGAUCCAUCA